AGUCCCCUUGAGGGAUUUUCUGCCGUUUGUACACUAAGAGCAUAAAAACCGGCCUUUAUAUGCUUGUGUUGUUUGGAGAGACGUAUGACUCCAUUUAGAAGGUGUUGUUUACAUUUUUCAUCAUGGAUUGGGAGUCGGACAGACAGCAGCAAUUGUUUUGUUCUCUAAUAAUCCUGCUUUUAGGAACAAGCGCAAUUCAUUUAGGAAGUUGCGGAUCAGUUGUAAACAAUGGAGAUGACUCAUUUACUAUCCAGCACAAUACCACUGGCAAGUGCCUUCUGGUUCAGAAUGGGGCACUGCAGUUGAGAGAAUGUUCAUCAGUACCGGCCUUGUCCUGGAAGUGGGGUUCGGCCCACAGGCUGUUCCACGUAGAGUCUUCUAUGUGUUUGGGUCUGGAAGUGCGCUCCAAAACUGUUACCCUGUUCAGCUGCGACUUCACAGAGAUUCUGCAGUGGAAGUGCUUUGAGGACAUUAUCUACACAGAAUACCAAAUGAAACUGAGUGCGGGAGAUGAUGACUCUGUAACUGCCAAGCGGGAUGCAACUGACACCUGGAAAAGAGGAGGAAGUUCAGAGAACAUCUGUCAACAGCCUUAUCGAAGAAUGCACACAAGUGGGGGUAAUUCUAAUGGAGCACCCUGUGAGUUCCCCUUUCUCUACAACAAGACAUGGCACCACAGUUGUCUGCCAGGCACCAGCGACCAGCCACUGGACUGGUGCUCUACCACUGCAAACUACGACCUAGAGCAGAAGUGGGGAAAUUGUCUGAAAUACGUGGAAGGCUGUUCUACUUUAUGGGAAAAAGGCCCAGUGAAGGGACGCUGCUACCAGGUAGUAUCCACGGCGGUGGUGACCUGGCACGAGGCACGGGAUGCCUGUCGUAGUCAAGGCGGAGACUUGCUUAGCGUGUCUAGCCCUCAAGAACUUGAGUUGUUUAAAGGCAGGGAUGACAUGCCAAGCAAACUAUGGAUUGGACUGAACCAUCUGGACUGGAUGCAAGGAUGGCAGUGGUCAGAUGGAUCAGCCUUGUCUUUUGUCCCAUGGGAAACAGGCAUCACAAUCAGGUCACUACUGUCCGAUGAGGACUGUGGGGUUGUGAAGGAACAUCUGCGUUUUGGAGCAGAGACGUGCGAGAAUCGACUACCAUUCAUCUGCGAGAAGAACGAGAAUGGCAGUCAGGCUGAGAGUGCAGUAAUCAGGGAGGUGUAUAGACCCACGAUGUGUAAGGAUGGUUGGGUUGGGUGGAAAGGAUUCUGUUAUAAACUCCACAGAGAGCCAGAAGAGUUUAAACUGUCCCAGCAUGAAACACAGAAGGUCUGUGAAAUGGAUAACUCUCAGCUCGCCAGCAUGCACAGCUUGGAGGAUGUAGAAAUGCUACAUGCAAACUUUCAUACAGAUCUGACAGAGGUUUGGAUUGGUCUUAUGGGCAAUGGAAGUUCCUCAGUCUUUGAAUGGGUUGAUGGAGUUCCAGUGACCUUCACAUACUGGGCUAGGGCUCAACCUCCACCACUUCUACCAAAUACCACCCACUGUGUGUACUACGGCGGAGAGCAUCACACGUGGUCUGUGUCUGACUGUGACAAGAUGAGGUCUUAUAUGUGUAAGAUGAAGGGUAGGGUGAAUGAAAGCGCUCCAGAGGAAGGCUGCCCUCCAGAAGGGAACUGGAAAAGACAUGCCGAAGCUUGCUAUAAAAUGGACAGUGAGCUAGUUUCCUAUAAAAACAGCUGCCACAUCACUAUUAAGAACAGAUUUGAACAGGCCUUCAUUAACAGUCUUCUGAAGGAGCAUAUCAGCACUGAGGUGUUGUAUUUCUGGACGGGGCUGCAAGAUUCUAAAGGGUCCGGAGAGUACCAGUGGAUCAGUCAGGAUGGAACAGCGGACCGGGUCACCUACACCAACUGGAGAUGGUUAGAACCAGCUUUCUCAGGAGGAUGUGUGGUGAUGUCUACAGGGGGUCCUUUGGGCCAGUGGGCCGUUAAGAAUUGCACUCUGUUCAAGGCUGGAAAUAUCUGUAAGAGACCAAUCGGAUCUAUGGUCCAACCCACUCCAGACCCAGUUUUGCCCAACUCCAAUGCUUCCUGUUCACCUGGAUGGGUCUCAAGGGAAGGCCUUAAUUACUGUUACAAGGUCUUUCAUGAAGAGCGUUUGACCCGGAAGCGCUCGUGGGAAGAGGCAGAGCGGUUCUGUGAGGCAUUGGGGGCACAUUUGCCUAGCUUCACUGAGGCUAAAGAAAUGCAAGCGUUACAUUUCAUCCUGAGAGACUCUAUCAGCGAUAAUCGUUUUUUCUGGGUGGGACUAAAUCGACGGAAUCCGAAUAACAACAAUAACUGGGAGUGGAGCGAUGGGCGCCCAGUCUCCAUGGUGAUCUUCCCUCAAGAAUUUCAUGAAGAUGAUGAAUAUAACAGAGACUGCACUGCCUUUAAGACUUUGAAAGGAACAACCAAGCAAUUUCUCCUCCUGUUUCAAAAUGUACCCCUGCGGAAAUAUUUUCCCAGCACCUUUCACUGUAAUGCCAAAUUGGAGUGGGUGUGUCAGAUACCUCGAGGUCAAACACCAAAAACACCAGAGUGGUAUAACCCAGAUGGACACCAUGAGACCUCUGUGUUUAUAGAUGGGCAGGAGUUUUGGUUUGUAACAAAUCCAAAGUUGUCCUUUGAUGAGGCUGUCUUGUACUGCAGCAGCAACAACAGCAAACUCGCAGCACCCGAGACCUUAAAUGCUGCCCGCCACCUUCAGGAGCAUAUUUAUAAGCAUGCAGGGAAAGAGAUUGUGAGGUGGUGGAUGGACCUUCGUUACCCCAGUCCUCACAUCCCCUUUAGGCUUAGUCCCAUCCACUACUAUCAUUCAGCAUUCCUGGGCAGGUGCUCAUCCAUCACUCCCAUUUACAUUAUGCCUGAUUUCAGCGGGAGUUGCAAUGAAAGACAGCCGUUCGUGUGUGAGACACUGAAUGUCACAUCUGCAGAGAAAGGAACCCCAGAACCGCACCCAGCUGGCACCAGAUGUGAAGGCGAAGCCCAGCACUUCAGAGACAAGUGCUACUGGGUUUUGUCUGAGUCUUUAUUCCAGAGCUUCAAGGAAGCAAAUGAGAUCUGUCAGAGACUGAGUGGCUUCCUGCUUACCAUAUCUGACCAAGCUGAACAAGAUUUCAUCACUACCCUGUUACCCCAGUUACCAGGGCAACCUCAGAAGAUCUGGAUUGGUCUGAAGUUCAAACUUCAUGACAUCCAAUGGGUGGACAACUCACCGGUUACAUAUCUGAACUUUAAUCCACUCCUGCAUGGCCAGUUACGACCCAUUUUCAUCAAUACAUUUGAACAAGAUUCCAUGGAACUUUGUGCCUACAUGUAUAAUGAUGAUCAUUCUGACAUAAUGGGCACCUGGGACUACACUUCCUGCUCUGACCGUCAGUAUCUCAGUGUCUGUCAACAUUACGCAGAUAAACCUGAAGAACCAGUGGUGUCUAAAGAAGAGUUCCAUGUUGGUAAUCACACAUUUAAGGUGGUACAGGAGAACAAUUUAACAUGGAUAGAUGCUCUAAGCUUGUGCCAAAGCCAGAAUAUGGACCUUGCCAGCGUAUCUGAUGUGUAUGUUCAAGCAGUGCUCACUGUUCAGGUUUCUCGAGGUGGACAGCCCCUCUGGAUUGGACUCUUCAGCAAAGAUGACGGAGAGCAUUACCACUGGACAGACCACAGCCACACAGAAUUCAACCGCUGGACCCCUGAAGCCACCACAGGUGCCUGUGUGUAUCUGGACACUGAUGGCUUUUGGAAAGCCACAGAGUGUGAGGAAGAACUUUCAGGAGCAAUCUGCCACGUUCCACACAAUAAGAGCAUCACACCUGAAGUGAGUUUGGUAAAAUGUCCUCACAAUAGCAAUAGACAGAACUGGGUCAGCUUCAAGAACAACUGCUACACUUUACUGCUGGUGUCCUCCAGGUGGAGGGACAAGAGUGACCAGCAGAUCUGCAAGACUCUCGCUGGACAUGGAGAAAUCCUGACCAUCCGUGAUGAGGAAGAGAAUGAUUUUAUCAGGCAGCAGCUACAGCCAUUCAAGGACCUGACAAUGUUUGUGUGGCUGGGAAUGAGCAGGAACAGGACAGAUGAACAGCUGAAAUGGCUAGAUGGCAGCAAUGUGCAGUAUUCCAAGUGGAAAUAUGGUGGAAGACCAAACAUCACAGAGCCCUUCAUGGUUGGCCUCAACCUGAACGGAGAGUGGGAGGUGAUAACAAAUCCACGCCUUUUCACAGCCGUCAAACAGCAGAGUAUUGUGGUGUGCAAGAUUGAAAGGGAUUCCAAAGACGAGUUCAUGAAAGAUGUGGUUGACGUUAAUGCUCCAAAAGGCAUAAGUUACCGUCGGGUGGCCAAGAAACUGGACUGGUAUCAGGCACUGCAAGAGUGUGGCAGCAAUGGAGGCCAUCUCGCCAGCAUUACUGAUAAGACGACUAAUGACAACAUGGCACAGAUUGCCAAACGAGACGGCUUUCCACUGUGGAUUGGCCUCUCCAACCAAGACGUAAGCGGGUGGCCCUUUGAGUGGUCAGAUGGGACUCAGUUUAAAUACCGGUCAGAUGGAUUUUUAGAUGAUGGCCAUGAAGCUGAGGAAAAGUGUGUGUUUAUAGACUCCAAAGGCACCUGGGCAGCCGUCAACUGCCUUGCAGCACAAGAAGGGGCCAUCUGCUACAACCGCAUCAGUGAGAAGACUAGUGCACAUGUCUCUCCUCAGUCCAGCAGCUGUCCUAAGGGUGAUGGUCAGUCUUUUUGGAUCCCAUUUAAAGACCACUGUUACGCUUUCAAUAUGUACAACUACUCUGUUUUGAACAUGGAGGAUGCCAAGAAUGUGUGUCAGAAACUAGAUUCAUCCUCCAACAUUUUAACCAUAAAGAGUAAGGAGGAGAAUGAUUUUGUCUUCAAGUAUUUGAGUGAGAACCCUUCCAUCACCAGCCGAGUGUGGCUGGGGCUCAACAUUGACUCCAAAGGUAAGCCCACGGGUUGGGAGGAUGGCAGUGAACUGGACUUCUCUAACUGGGACACAAAAUCAGGGCCACGAUUAUCACAGCAGACAUCGGAGAUUUGUGCAGUUAUGUUGUCGAGUAACGGCAUCUGGACACAAGCUAGCUGCUCCAACAGUCGCAGCCGAAUCGUCUGCAAAGCACCUGCCCACCCAGGUAGCCCAGUGGCUUUGAUCUUCUUCAUCAUCGUGCUCCUCUGCAUCAUCACGUCUGUCUCCUUCUUCUUGUACAAGAAAAACCGCCACAGCUUCCAUUCAACUGUACGUUACCAGCGCAACUUUGAUGACGUGGACAGCACAAGUAUGAUCACUGAUGCAGAAUAAAGCUCAGCUCUACCCAGGUGGUCAACCAUAAAUUAUGUCAAAUGAAAUUCUUGCUACAGUAUAAUGUGCCUUUUAGUAUAAACACUCCUCUAUGUCGACAACAUAAACAUCUGGUUCAGUGGUUCAGACUAAGGGUAUUUAUUAUUAUUCACUGCUCAAUACGGCUUAAUCAGAUGUCUCAAAAUUUGUGAAAAUACAAAUAGGAGUGGUGUUAUUUAAUGUUUAAUUAAAUGUUGAAAUGCUUGUGUAUAUUGUAAUGAGGACUUCAGGUACUUAAACUAUUAAAAUUAGAUUGUAUGUGUUACUUUGGCAUCUCUUGACAUUACGUCAUUGAAUCAGGGUUUUUCAUUCAUAGCACUGAAGAAUAACUUGUGUAUAAAACUGGGAAGUUUUUUAAAUUGUUAAUUUUUUCCUUUCUUUUUGAAAAUGUGAUUUAAACUGAGCGUUAGCAUUCUGCAAACAUCUAAAACACCUAGAUAAGAAUCCUGAAACUAUUUUAUUCCAUUCAUUUGGAACAGUUGAUUUUUGUGGUUAUACUUUUCCUUGUAUUUUUCCUUGUUUUCUAAUAUUGGAGGAUUUCUGAAUGACACUCUUAUGACUCAAUAGAAAUUAGCAUUCCUGUCAAACUUGCCAUAUUGGUGUUUUUCCGUAAAGCAGAUAGUUCCUGUUUCAUUUGAGGCAUCUGAAAUGUUUUAAUUUCCUGUGAUGACUGCAUGGCUAACAUGACGUACUUAAAUCCUGCCAUUAUUGCAUUGUUUGACUUUUUUCAUUACAGUAAUAAGUAUGUGCUGUAUAACAGCUUAUGAUAAAGUAAUUACAUUUAGUCCAGUGCACUGAAAGCUGUACAAAAUGCCUAUGAUAAAGUGUCAGAACACAGUCAGAGCUGAAAUCCUAUGCACUAUUAUGCUUAAUUGACUCAUACUACUGAGAUCUGAUGCACUUUAAUGAGCUGUUUGAAAUCUAACUUCUAGCACAAAUGACACAAUUUUAAUAAUGGUUUUAGCACAUGCUUUGUAAAUAUUUUAAAGCAUUUUAGUUGUUGUUUAUUGCAUUUUAUUAUUAUUGUAUUAUUGUUUUUAAGACAAGCAAACUAUACCAAAGAUGCUUUUGGAAUUGAUGGUAUUAUUUUGCAAAGCCAAAAUUUUAUAACGCUGCUUUGUUAAAAAAAUAUUUUUUUAGGAGAAUCUUUUGUGAUCCUCAUCUUUGAUUUGAUUUACAUAUCAACUUUCCUCUGUUUUGACCACAGCAGAAAAUGCUCAAUAAAGUUAUG